GACUUAGGGCCGCAAUGCAUGCUGGUAGUUGGGUAUGUGUUUGCUUCGAAGUGAAAUGGCGGCCGUGAGGUGUUCAUUUUGCUUGGAAGAUGAAUUUACUGGUUUUAACGAUGUUUUCUUUCGCGAGAUGAAAACUUAAUCAUGCUUUUAGGACAGGGCACUCUCUGUCUACAUUUUGUAGAAACGGUGAGGAAAUCGGCGUCGCCGUUGUGAAGAAAAACGAAUUUAAAGCGGCCAAAGGGAUGAGCGCUAUUCGAAGAAAAUAUGCUUCGAAUCUUGUGUUUCUUUUAGUCAAGAGGUGAGUAGCCGUAUUGAAUAACUGUAAGUAAAAUCUUUUGCCUUGCAGCUGUAGAUCUGUAGUUUACCUGUCCUGAUCGCUUAUUAGUUGUAUUUAUAAGCGUUUCUGCAUCGUCUUUUUGUUUGUUGAAAUUGACACAUUGCAAUGAAAAUUUUAUCUGCUGCUCUUUAAAACAUGGCCUCUGUUUUGGCGCGAAAAUGUACUAGCUUCUUGCGCUAAAGUGUAGAUAUUUUUCAAAAACUGCAUUCAGAAAGUACUGUCACUUGAUAUUACUGCUGUUUACUUUGGUUUUGCAUUCCUUUUGGGUCUGUUUUGGUCCCUGUCUUCGCGUAACAAGUAGGUUGUAGGUUGUAAAUAUUAAUAAUAGCACUAAAAUAUAUAUAUUUUUAAGAAAAUAAUAAUUGUCUUAGUCCGUAUUGUCCGUAUAUCGAUAAAGUAGUAUAAAGUUCACAAUAAUUUUAUUGUUGAACAAAAUUUAAAAUUUAGUUAGCUGUUUAAAUUUAAAAAUUAGUUAAGCAUUUAAAGCCACUUUAUAGAGUCUUUAUAGUAAUUUCAUUUUAAACCUAGUCUAAUAUUUCUGGCUCAAAUUUUUAGUUAAUAAAUUUGUAAAUAAGUGAAAUAGUAUAAUUGUAUAUAAAUUUUUAAAUAAAAUAAACUAGAGAGUAUAAAAUGGAAGACAUACCUUGCUCGUCAAAGGAUGCAGACCAAGCAACACAGUAUGCUCAUGCAGAAAAGAGAACAACAUGGUAAACAGUUAUAUGGAGGAAAAAACUGCUGCGUCCCCCAGUGCACCAAUAACAACUUAAGAAACCCCGAACUGUCAUUUUACAAGAUACCGAAAGACUCUACACUGAAGAAGAAAUGGGAAAAACUUUUGCAAACAAAAGGUCUUCUUAAUAUCGGCCCACAUUAUAGAGUUUGUUCUGUUCACUUCUCUGGGGGAAAGAAAACAUACACAACCAAUGUACCCACAAUAUUUGUUCCUAAAAUCACUCGCACACCAAGAAAGAAGCCAAACAGACAGCAGAUUGUUUUGGAGGUUACCACAUCAGACAUGGAGGUUAUCACACCAAACAUGGAGGUUACCACAUCAGACAUGGAGGUUACCACAUCAAACAUGGAGGUUACCACAUCAGACAUGGAAGUUACCACAUCAAACAUGGAGGUUACCACAUCAGUCAUGGAAGUGAACACAGUCCCUGGAACAAUAAUAUAUGACAAUGAGCCGACAGAAGACCCAGUGGAAGAUACUGAUGCUGCCAAACUUGAAGCUCUUCAAUCAAAAUACAAUUCUCUGGAAAAGAAAUAUGAAGAUGAUGUGAAAGCAGCAGGAAAAUGUUUAUUUCGAUUGGAAAGAUUUAUUGGUAGUGCAAGUGACUUUAGGUUUUAUACUGGAUUCCCUGAUUAUGCUACAUUUAAAGUGUUCUUCAAUUACCUCUCACCAGCAUGUAAUAAUCUUAUCUACUAUGGAUCUACAACAGGUGUUAUAAGCUCAGCAAACCAGAAGAAGCAUGGUAGACAAAGGUCAACAUCUCCAGAGCAAGAAUUAUUUAUGGUGCUAGCUAGAAUGCGCUGCGGCUUCCUCUUGCAAGAUUUGGCACACCGAUAUGGCAUGUCAUUUCAGCAUUGCUCACGAAUUUGGAUAACAUGGAUAACCUUUCUUGACAAGCAACUCCGUACUCUUCCCAUUUGGCCCACCCGAAAGUUCAUUGAUGACCAUAUGCCAGCUUGUUUUAAGCAAAGUUUUCCACAAACGAGGGUGAUCAUUGACUGCACUGAGCUUUUAAUCGAGAUGCCAUCUUCCUGCCGGAGUCAGUCAGCAACAUUUUCUACCUGUAAAUGGUGUAAAUGGUGGCAGCGACCUCAAAUCUUUUGUCCAUCUCUUUUCUGCAUGAGCAUACUGUGUUGCUUGGUCUGCAUCCUUUGACGAGCAAGGUAUGUCUUCCAUUUUAUACUCUCUAGUUUAUUUUAUUUAAAAAUUUAUAUACAAUUAUACUAUUUCACUUAUUUACAAAUUUAUUAACUAAAAAUUUGAGCCAGAAAUAUUAGACUAGGUUUAAAAUGAAAUUACUAUAAAGACUCUAUAAAGUGGCUUUAAAUGCUUAACUAAUUUUUGAAUUUAAACAGCUAACUAAAUUUUAAAUUUUGUUCAACAAUAAAAUUAUUGUGAACUUUAUACUACUUUAUCGAUAUACGGACAAUACGGACUAAGACAAUUAUUAUUUUCUUAAAAAUAUAUAUAUUUUAGUGCUAUUAUUAAUAUUUACAACCUACAACCUACUUGUUACGCGAAGACAGGGACCAAAACAGACCCAAAAGGAAUGCAAAACCAAAGUAAACAGCAGUAAUAUCAAGUGACAGUACUUUCUGAAUGCAGUUUUUGAAAAAUAUCUACACUUUAGCGCAAGAAGCUAGUACAUUUUCGCGCCAAAACAGAGGCCAUGUUUUAAAGAGCAGCAGAUAAAAUUUUCAUCGCAAUGUGUCAAUUUCAACAAACAAAAAGACGAUGCAGAAACGCUUAUAAAUACAACUAAUAAGCGAUCAGGACAGGUAAACUACAGAUCUACAGCUGCAAGGCAAAAGAUUUUACUUACAGUUAUUCAAUACGGCUACUCACCUCUUGACUAAAAGAAACACAAGAUUCGAAGCAUAUUUUCUUCGAAUAGCGCUCAUCCCUUUGGCCGCUUUAAAUUCGUUUUUCUUCACAACGGCGACUCCGAUUUCCUCACCGUUUCUACAAAAUGUAGACAGAGAGUGCCCUGUCCUAAAAGCAUGAUUAAGUUUUCAUCUCGCGAAAGAAAACGUCGUUAAAACCAGUAAAUUCAUCUUCCAAGCAAAAUGGACACCUCACGGCCGCCAUUUCACUUCGAAGCAAACACAUACCCAACUACCAGCAUGCAUUGCGGCCCUAAGUCCUAAAAGGUGAAAGGCCCAUUAUAACGUCAUGUCAUCUGUUACUUAGAAUGCGAUUUAGAAUCCUAGUAAUAAUACUAUAUAAUGUACAUGUUUUUAUACAGUAUAUGAUAGUAAGGGUUUUUUCUUUCAAAUUCAAAGAUUCAGAUGUAGCAGAAGGGAAAACUGAUUCUGAGGAUUUUCUAACCAUUCAAGAAUCCGAGCCCACUGCAGGUAAAAUUUUAUAUAUCUAUUUAUUUGAUCGCUUUUCUACCGGCCUUAAAGUAUUGCAAGCUGCUACGGCUAGCCUCAAGAAUUUGUUUAUUAAUUUUAUCGCUAGCGAAUUCUAUACAACAGUUACCAGUUUGAGCCCAACUGCUAUCACGAAUCUGAAAACUCGUGGCCUAACAAUGAAAUGUUACAACUGUUAUUCACCUUGAGGAAUAAAAUAUUUGUAUUUUUAGGGGUUAAAUUUUUAUAAAUUUUAUUUUUUAGCGGAGUGGGUUGAGUCGGUGGUUACGAAGGCCUGCGAGCCAAGUAGAACAGAAACAUUGCCGAAUGAAGGUUUUCUUCGUCUUGAAAAAUACAUCAAGGAAUUUCCAGCUUUGUACGUGUAUACUCAUCCGGUAUCAAGUAAGGAACCUUUAACCAAAAACGUUCGCAAAUCCAUGACAACAAAUGUUAAAACGUCAGCUUACAAGAGCCUGCUGAAUCUGAAGAUUAAUAAGUUUACCAAAAAUGAUGGCCAAUUUGUAAAUGGCGAUCAACAAAUUUUCAACUUUGCAAAAGAUGAGAUAUUUAAACAUGCUUCAACUAAAAAGCCAGCGAGGGUGAAUAAGCUUUUAGCUACUUGCAUGGAUUCCGUUGGGCAAAUUGCAUGUGGAGAAAUUCGAGGGACAUGUUUCUUGGUGACAGACAUGCUGGUGAUAACCAACCAUCACGUUUUUACGAUGAUCAACGCGGAAAGGGUUGAAAAGCAAGAUCCCAACUUGCCCAUCACAGUUUUAUUUGAUUACUUGUGCUCAGAACGAAGAGAACAUGUUGUCACAGUUGAGAUUGAUGAAGAAAAGGAUCCCCAGCUUGAGAACUCACACUUGGAUUAUAAAUUUUUACGUUUGAAAGAAAGUGAAAGUCUGAGGAAUCGUGUUCCUCUUGGUCCGAUUGUUCGAAACCGUUCACUGCACGAAGGUCGAAUUAUUAUCGUGGGUUAUCCAGGCGGUGAUGUAAUGCAUGACGAAACAUGCGUUGUUGUUAGCAAUCCCUCGUGGCAUGGGAAACUGCAGCAGAGACAUGAACUUUGUGUUGGUGUGCACAUGACUAGAUUAAAAAUAGCGGAGACGACCGAAAAAUAUGCAAGAUGUCUUCCGUACGACACAGGUCUAUUUUCUGGUGCUAGUGGUUCACCUGUUUUUGAUCUGAAUGGAAACAUCGUUGCGAUGCACACACAGGGAUAUACACUAAACGUUGAGGGGGGGAAAUGUUCCUUGAUGGAGUUUGGUGUCCAGUUCAAUGCAAUUUAUGAAGACCUGAGAAGACG